UUUUUGACUCAAGCAGACCCGUAGACCUCUACACGCUGUUGCUGCUGGAAUAGUCUAAUGUUGGAUUUAAAGGGGGAAAGCGAGAAAUUAACUUUGAGAGUGAUCCACUCGCAAACUUUCCGGCUGCGGGUCUAACGGGUGCGUGCUUUUGCUCUGUAAUGUAAUUUCACGGCGGAUAAUAAAUAAACGUGUUGCAUGGACUGCGCUGCCGCCCGGGUCGGUGGCAGAGAAAAGAAAGCGUUGUUUGGAGUUGAACAAAGAGGUUACGGUGCUUAAUGCAACACUACCCGGUGCGGGUUUGGCCCCAGUCAUGACCUCCGGGAACGGGAACAACGCACCCUCGGUGAUAGGCAGCGUCCCACAAAACGGCAAGAGCAUCAGAGUACCCCCGCCUGUCGUGAAGCCGCCGGUCCUCACCCAUCUGAUCGGGGGGUUCGUCAUACAAGAGGGCGCCGACCCGUUCCCGGUGGAGCACCCCUCGUUCUCCAUCGAUGCCCUGAGGAGAUGCAGGCGUCAGCCGGUAGCCCAGAGCCCUAGGAUCUCCACCAAGAUGGAGGAGUUCUCCUCCAAGGAGCUGAGGGGGCUGCAGGGGGGGCCAAUGCUCACCUGUGAGCUGUGUGGAAAGGUGGACUCUGCGCACAUCUUCAAGGGCACCAAGAGGUUCUGCUCAAUGCUGUGUGCCAAGCGCUACAACAUGAGCUGCACCAAGCGCGUGGGCCUCUAUCCCCCCGGCAGACACACCCUGGAGAACCUGAACAGAAGCCAAAGACAGAACGGAGAGCAGAAGAGUUUAGAGUCCAAACACAAACCGGAGGUGGGCUUCGAGCGGAAACCUCCGCCCGGCGCCUUCUCCUCGCCGCGCUUCGCCCGCGGGGCGUCCCAGGGCUCGGUGCCGGAGCGCCGCUCGGUCGACACGUUCAACGGGGGGCCGGCUUUGCCCAAGUCGCCCGCGGCAGCCGGCUCCCCCCCCUCCCCCCCCCCCCAGCAGCUGAAGGAGUGGGGGGGUGGCGGCGACGGCUACGACCUGCCUGCCUUCCCACUGGUCCUCCUGCCCCGAGAUCCCGGCACGUGGGGCGUGGAGAAUGUGUACAGGUUCAUCAGCUCGCUGCCAGGGUGCUUGGAGAUCGGCGAAGAGUUCCGCUCGCAGGAGAUCGACGGGCAGGCCCUGCUGCUGCUGAAGGAGGACCACCUGAUGGGGGCCAUGAACAUCAAGCUGGGCCCUGCGCUGAAGAUCUACGCCCAGAUCUGCUUGCUGAAAGACUGCUAGCCCUCCUCACCCCCCCCCAUCCCCCUCCCCAGAACCAAUGUGCUCUCUGACCUCACAGGAGACGCUGGGCCGGGACCUGUUGAGUUCAGACCCUUUUCUUUUCUAAUGUUAUUUAAGUUUUAAUGUAAAGCCCUCCCUCGCCUUUUUAGCCUUAAAGAGGGACCUGGGCUCCACUUUGAUCAGCCGUUUUAUUGACUUGUUACCACUUGUACUGUGACACAAUCUUGGGUAAACUUGAGCCUUUUGAAAAGCGUUUACACGUUUUCUUUUCAACCUGGGACAAUAUUAGCCAGGGUGUUACUCUGGUGAUGAUGCUGUUGUGAUAUGUUUUUAAAUGUUUAAAUUACUGUUGCCUUAAGGGAGGCCAUUGGGCCAAAUUUGGCACUGUUUGAUAAUGAAAGUAAAACCGUAAACAAAAAUAGUGCAUUUUAAAUUUCUCUUUCAUGAAUGGGAAGUCUGUUCAGACCUCAUUUAAACGCAGGGUGAAUAAAAAGUUGCACUCAAAGAAGUAUUUGCAAUCAAAUGAACCGACAAUGUAUGUGAUGGCUUCAGGCAGGAAGAACUGGGGGCCUUCCCAUGUGUUUAAAAGAAAACAAGAGCGCUUGAUUCUAGAAGUAGCUGUGUGGGGGAACCAAGAUGGCCACCCAGUGUAUAAGGCCCGUUGAAUGAUUAAAGAGAGUGGAUAGGUUAGCAGUUUAGUAAUCAUAAUACAAUAAACGUGUCACUGGUUGAGGCCUUAAUAAUCGGUCAUAGACAAACAACUCAACUGAAAAGGUUUUCUGCAAGAUGCAUUCUGGUAAACUCAACUGUUGGUUACUGUGUUUUGUAGAUUUGAUUUGUUACGUCACCUACACCAAAGUCAGAAUAUUCUAUUGAAUUAAGACAUUGUUAGGGCACAGGAUACACUCUAGAUUACAAUGUUACACUUAGGUUAUGUAUUUUAUUAUCACGGUGGCAGAACUUCUGAAAGUAUUAAUUUAUAUGUAACCCUUGUAAAAAUAUGUGCGAUGGUAUGGAAAUUUAGCUUUUUUACGUUUGAUAGACUUACAAUAACAAACUUUUUUUCGAAGUGAAAAGUGGCCUUCAAUUGCUGAUUCAGUUCUUUGUCUCAAAGGUGUCUUUUAUCCUAAAUAAAAUCCUGA